AUGGACGAGGGUACAUUCGACGAAAAGUUUGCCCAUUCCAUUUUGUUGGAGUCUCUGAAGGAAGCGCUUAAGCAGAUGAUUGAUGAGUUUUACGUAGAAAAGGAGAUCGGACUUAAGAUCUAUAAGGAGGCCUGCGCGAAUGUAAGGAAAGAAAUUUUGGAGAAUUCGUCCCAACUGUCAGAUGUCCAUAUCAGUGGCCAGAUGAAGAGCUACUACUGCAGGAAUGACGUGUGGACUUUUUUUUUAAAAAAAUCGCUUUUUAAAAUUAUCAAAAAUAAGAAGGGAAAGAAUAGCUCGAAGGAAAAUAAAAAUUAUCAACCAUUAAAUUUAAAAGUUUUUAAAAACUUUUACGACAAAAGAGAGGAAUUCCUAAAGUACAGCAUAGACAAUAAUAACGUGAAAAUUAUAAAAAAUUUUGGAAAAUUAUACAGCCAGAUUGUACAUAACGAGGAGGGAGAAACUGACGCGGAUGAUACUUUUCUUUAUUAUGACGGAUUGAUAAAGGUGCUCUGUGUGGAGGAUGCACUUUAGGACAGGGUGGACAAUAGUCCCCAGGAAAUUUGUACCCCAUGAGAGCUCAACCUGAUACGUUGAACAACCAUGUGUGUAUAUAUUUACACAUCCAUGCGUUUGAGAGGAAAUCAUUUUUUUUUUCCACGGAAAAAUACAUUUUAAACCCUCCUCCUGAGGGGUAAAAUUAUGUCCCAAUGUG